AUGCCUCAUCAAGUGUACCCCGCCAUGCCAUCCCCAACGGGAGGCUACUACCUUGGGGACAUAAAAGAGAAACAAAAGGGUGAAGAACUUACAUGCCCUUACCUCACCAGCUGCAAGCCUUGCCGCUUUACGACCAAGGAUGGCCGAGACUACGUCAACACAAGGAUGAGGGAAUUUAUGAGACUCAACGAGAUCGAGAAACUCACAACCCCGACCGUAGAUCCAAUGGGGUCGUUCAAAACCCUAGACGAGGCCAUAUCGAACGGCCUCGUGAUAUUCCACCAGCUCCGCACCAAAAUCGUACUCACGGCGAUGAAGGGUACUACGGGCAUCUACGGGUGCUGCAUCACAGAUGACUUGGAAGAGUACAUACGGCUCUAUCGCUUCCUGGCCAAAUUCGCCACCAACGAAUACGAAACGGGCGUCAAAGAAGUCCUACAGCUAAGAGCGCUAAAGGAACGACAAGAGGCCAUGGAACGCAAGUCAAUCUCCUCUCGGCUUAAGAAGAUCAAGUCAGCCCGAAAGUCAGACAAUGAUGACAAUGCCGCCUUGGGGGAGCUGACCCGAGAACGCAAUCGGAGGUUCGCCCAGCUAAAUGACGCCUUGGAACUGAUGGAAAAGCAUUGCGUCUUCAUCAACAUGGCGCAGGACAACAUGGUCUGGAACGCAGCGGUUUUUUUCUCCCUCAAGGGAUUCGGUCAGGGCAAGCUGUUCACAAACGGCUUCGAGGCCAAGCACUUUACGAAACUGGCCAACGGGAUGUGGUCCGUCCGGAUGAAAUGGAGUGCCAACUACAAGGCGGAGUGGCGGCCUGGCACCGUCUGGGUGGAUCGCAGGUUUGGCUGCCUCGACAAGACCAAGAUUGACUGGAUCAAGAUGCCUCCGGCUCGCAUUGUCUCUGGUCCAGGAGAUAUGGAAUUCCGUGUGGAUGUUCGUGUUCGGGAUGACGUCUUCUAUAAGGUGGUUGGAGAUGAAUUUACGCAGGAAACGCAGCGACUUUGA